AUGGAGUUGGUAUCUCAAUCUAAGGAUAACAUCAAAUCACGCAAUGUAUUUUCCAUCCAGCCACCAGACAAACUCGGUGUGGAUAAGAGUCGGCAGACAUUCGACUUCUUACUGUACGAGCUCUUUGGUGCUCCACUGGUUCUCUUUAGUAACUGA